CUACAGCGAUCACGAGCAGGGAUCAGUGGGACGAUCUCCUGGAACGGGCCCAGGAGGAGCCUGCCGAGAUCCCGGUAAUCAUCAUGUACCUCCAGUUCCGUGUUGCCGGCCCGACCGGGGAUUGUUACCUGUGUGUGAGGCAGAACGGACAGGUGUGCUAUGACGGCAAACCAGACGCCUUCAACACAAUCUUCAAAGCAUCCCGAGUGUACCCUCCACCCAUCGACAAGUUUCAGUUCAUCUGCUGCGGGGGGCCAAGCAGAAAUCAUGCCUUAUAUCCGGAGGGUACCCUGCUCAAAUCCAAGAAAUACGAAGCGGAGAGGGACUAUGUCACUCAAAACACAGCUGAACCCACGCUACUUAAUCUGGAAAUCCACAAUGACGGCGAGUUCCUGAUCUCCAUAGAGUCACGCGAGGGUAUAGUGAGCGGAGAAGAUUCUCAGUCAAUCAAAUUCAUUCCUUACUUGGCCGAACAUUUUGAGCGGGAACUUGCGCCACUGUAAUCUGAUUUCAGGGACGAAAAGAAAAAAAAAGCAGUCAAAGCUUCAUUCCAUUUUGGGACUUCACUGAAAAUGUGUGUUUGUCAUAGUUCCAUAGCUAAUACUGACAAACAUAAGAGGGUUCAGUUAUCAUUCGGUUGCGUGAGUGAAUUAAAAGGAUGCACUAGGCAAUAUUAAUUCUGUGGGUCUACAUAAUUUGGCAAACUUGACUUUCUUGGAUCAAACAAUUUGUUCUAGUACACACUCGUAAAAUCAUAAACUUUUUGCUUAUGUUAUUCGGUCAGAUCCUUUUAACACUUUCUAUCAUCGCUAUAGGACAUACAUGCCCAGUUACUUCCAGAUAUGUAUAAUUACAGCAUCAGAGACUCGUAGAAUACUGGGGUCACCCUUGUACAUAACCUGCACUCGCGACCAUAUUGGAUGGCCAACAAACGAAUUGCUCCAGUUCACCCAGUGAAAUGAAAUGCGCACUUCAGGAGAUACCGUGGGACUUCUGUGCUAGCAAUCCAACAUGCCCGAGGGUGCACGAAGUGGUCAUUUAUUUAAAUGUAAUAUUGUUCUUAAACCACGUAGCUGCACACAUGGUUUAUCAUUCUGUAAGUAACCCACAAGGCGAUAGUGGGCAAAUUUCUUGUCUUUGAAGGUCUUUUUUAGGGGUUUCUUUAGUGGUUUUUCGUUUGUACUUCGAGAGGACAUUGCAACAAUUAAGCACAUUUCAUUAACAACUAACUUGUUUAUGACCUGUCAUCAGAUAUUUUGUGUGACGUACGACUGGGUUUGGGUGAUGUGUGUUAGGGGAGGGGUGUUUGCAUGGAGGGGUAUUUUUUUAAGAGUUACAAGAUACAAGAGUUUGUACAUUCUACGAUGCCAUGAAGUGUGAUAUAAACCAUGAAUAAAGAUUGUAUAUGUGCAUACCGUA